AUGGAGUCGAAUAAACUUCUUCACGAAGGCAGUCCUGCAGUUGAGCAUCCUUCAGGGGACACAGCUCAGGACGACAACACACAUCAAUCCGAGGCUUCCGCGAAGGUUGCGACUGCCGCCAUCGCCACAGAAGUACAGCCUGUUGAGCAACCAAAGGCAGAUACUGUCCAGGGAGAAACGCUGCAAGGCGCAACGUUGUCCCUGCUCAUUGGAGCAUUCUUCCCAUGCAUCCCGGUCGCACUUGUCUGCUCUAUUCUGCUGUCCAUCAUCCUCGGCAACCAGAUAAAAGCGCCCUUUGUGGUCUUGGAGCAAGUGCAUAUCGUCCCGGUGACUGGCACAAUCAACCAGACCUUGACCGCCAUCAACUCUCUCAAGAAGGGAGGAGACGACGUGUACUGGCUGUGGGCAAAGACGGCCACCACUCCUGGCACUCUGCAUACGAUAGCAUCCGUGACUGGAAAGGUCAUGCCCUUCAUUACAUCAAGCACAAUGGCCUUGGUCGCUUUCUUCGCUGGUCGCCGGCUUAUUCAGGUGUCUCGGAAGGAGAAGAAAGAGUCAAUGCCCACCCCGUAUCAAAUGAGCUUGCUCAUCAACUUGCUCAACGGAAGUGGUAUACAGCCUCUCUGGAACACCUCGCAUUACUGGUGGACUCAUCACAUUCCGCUCGUGCGUCCUGUAAUACUGGCUUUCUGGUCUUUGACAUGGAUUGUGGUCAUCACCCUCCUCAUUCAGAUCGCAGAUAGCUGGUUCGGUGUAGCAGUGCAGCCAGCAACUGUUGAUAUCGUCCGAAGCGCAAACACCACGAGUGCUUUCGGGCGCCAGUUCGAUCCAGCGAUCUGCGACACGCUCUUCCAUAACUAUCCUUGCAUAGGCGACAGUUCUACCAUCUGCAGCUAUCCUUGCAGUAUCACGACCUGGAACAGCUCCUCCGGUCAGGCGAGAUUCGGGCUUCAACAUGCACAGGAGGCAGCCCAGGUCCUGAUGAACAACUCUCGAACAGAUUUUGUCGUCAAUGUCACCACAACGGACCGUCCAGAAGAGAAGUUCUUCUUCAUGGGCGAUCUCAAAAGCAGCACUAGUCAUGAUUUCGAGACCGAAACCCUAGCUGUCACCACGGAGUGCCAAGUUGUCACGCAAAACUGCGAGAUCGGUGAAGGAUUCACCUGCGGCAGCUACAAGGCUCCGUCUUUCGCUUGGACCGGAGCAGUCGGUGUAGAAGAGUCCUCGGCGACAGGACCGACCAAUCAGUCCAAUGCUGGAAUCCAGUACUUCAAUGAUCCCGGAUUGACGGUACCCAUCGGCCGCGGCAAUGCAACGGACGGGCUUUUCUCAUCCCAGAACCCAACUUCGUUCCUCGCAUGGUCGAAGGGAUUCCCACCUGUCGAUACCAAAAUGGACCUGUUCACGUACAUGCGUGAAAACAACUUCUUAGGAAGCGAUGCUUCUGGCGAUCCCGUCUUCAUCCUCAAUUGCUCCAUCAUGAUCUACCAGGCCACUUACAACUGGUCCAACGGAGGGGUCGCCGCUGACGGGCUCUAUGAUCUUCGUCCUGCGGACCCAGCUUACGGCGCAGUACUGUCAGGUGGGUUCGCGCUGAACACUGCCCUCAGUCACCUUGCGCUGCAAGACGCUGCAGCACUUGCGGCUUACCAGGAGAGACCCGAGGGUCUGGCUCGUGUCUUCGCUGAGUCGUACUCAAAGGCCGCCGUUGCGCUUACAGCUGGCAUAACGAUUCCAUCCAAGAACAUAUUCGAUCAGGAGCGCUGGAAUAACGUGCUUGUGACGCGCGUUCCCAAGAUACCUCUGUACGUUCUAGUCGCAUUCAAGGGCAUCUAUGCUCUCUUCGCUCUGGUACUAGCCAUACUUGCCGUCACUUAUGCGGACCCAAUGACCAGUCAGGAAGUCAAGGAACGACUGACUAUUGACGGUCUCGCGGUUGGCUUGUUCGAAGCUGAUGCACAUCUGAAGAGUGGUGUGAGAGAGAUGCAACAGUUGUUUGAUGAGCACAACAGGACGCACGACGGUGUCGGUGAUCGUGCUGAUGACAUGCCGACGAAGGUAGGCAUGGUACAGAAUGAGAAUGGUGGUUGGACCUGGAAAACCACGGCUCAGGUUGCGGACAGCUUCGGAUUUGGUGUCGGCGUCGAUGAGAUCAAAGCCAGGAUCGUGAAUGCUGUAUGA